AUGCCCACCUUCCAACUCAACACCACCCUCCCCUUCACCGCCUCCCAAAAGGCCACCCUCGCCGAGAACAUCACAAACAUCCACUGCACGCUCACCGGCGCCGACCGCGUCGCCGUGCAGGUAAUCUUCCGGCACCUGGCCCCCGAGGACCACUACCACGGGGGCUUGCCCACGGCCGCCGCCGUCGGAACCCUCAUCUGGGUGCACACCAUCUGCAAGAGCGGCCGCCCGCAGGAGGCCAAGGACAGGAUCAUGAAGGAGGUGCUGGAGAUGAUUGCGAAGGAGGCGGGCGUGGAGAAGCGCCAGAUCCUGUUCUAUAUGCAGGAGAUUGAUAUUGAGAAUACGUUGCAGUACUUUGAUGAGUUGAGUUUGGCGAGGAGGGAGUAG